CGAAAAUGGCUUCCAUCCAAUCCCAAGCGCCUGUGCGCACCGCCAGCGGCGCUAGGCGGCAGCAGCUCUUUGCCAGCAGGCUAGUGUUUACACGGCCACUUAUCCAUUCUUUUUCAAACAAUGAAUGUCGCGUCCAAAAUUUGAAAGCUCUGGACGUUCAGUUUAUGCCAAGACGCCAUACAUGCGUCACUCGUGCCACGUAUCAUGGUUCAGUUAUGGCAGAGCCCCUCUCAAAGUUCGCUGUCGUCGUAGCGAAAUUCAACAGCCUUAUUACCAAAGGGCUUCUGGAGGGCGCGCUGGAGGUAUUUGAGAGCCACGGUGUGGACAAGGAUAACAUUGACGUUGUCUGGGUGCCCGGCAGCUUUGAGCUGCCUGUCGUAGCCAAGAGCAUGGCCAAGUCGGGCAAGUACGCUGGCGUUGUGUGCAUAGGAGCUAUCAUCCGUGGUGCGACGACGCAUUACGACGCUGUCGUUAGCGCAGCGACAAGCGGUGUUUUAGGCGCGAGCACUGACACAGGAGUGCCGGUCAUCUUUGGCGUCCUUACGACUGAUGACCUUGAGCAGGCUCUGGACCGAACUGGUGGCAAGGUGGGCAACAAGGGCGGCGAGGCUGCUCUCACCGCCGUGGAAAUGGCAACCCUCAUGUCAAAGCUGAAGUUGGAGGGCAAGGCUGCUUGGUGAAGGGUUAGAAGCUUCGAGUUAUGGACCGAUGGGCUAUUAUAAGUGUUUGGUCUGUUGGGCAGCUUUGGGAACGGAAGGUUGGACUAUUGGGGCCCAUGUCUGCAGAUAGGUGGGACACGAUGGCCAACGUGGAAGCCUCAGGCUCUUUUGAGUUUAAGAAAUGUGUAUGAUGAUAUAUAUGCGUUGGGCGAGAGAAUUUCACUGUGUUCCUUGGGCUGACGGCUCACAGGUCCCAUGGCUGAUGAGUUUGUCUUUUAGGAGCAAUUUAAUGUAAGGACGGUUGUAAUGCUACAUAAGCUU